AUGGAUACAUACGAGGACUAUAACCAGGGCGCUUUGCUCAAUAACAGAUACAAGAAAGUUGAAGAUAUCAGUGAAGGUUCGUAUGGACUUGUGUCGCUUGCGAAGGAUACGCUAGCUAAGUCAAACUCUUCAAACUUAGUGGCCGUCAAGUUCAUUUAUCCUGUUGACUACAAUACAUCCAAAUCAAGAAUUAUAUCUGAUGAUGCCACUUACUCGUCAUCUUCAGCUACCUCUUCAUCAAGAAUUUCCGCAGAUUCAACAUCCUCUUCUCGUGUAUCUUCAACCUCUGACAACAAGAAUAUAAAGGGAAAAAAGGUUGCCGAGUCAAAGAGUGCUGUUUUGCGUACCCUUCGGGAUGAAGCAUUCAAAGAAAUAAGGAUACAUGAUAUCCUUGGUAUUCACCCCAACAUAGUUUCCUUAUACGAUCACUUUGAUAGUUGUCUUGUGUUGGAAUACUGCUCCAGAGGUGAUUUGUAUGAAGCUAUUCAAAAUGGUAAUGGCCCCACUACAUCACAAGAUAUCAAGGAUGUCUUCCAUCAGAUACUUUCGGGUUUGGAAUAUUGCCAUUCUAGGGGUGUUUACCACCGAGAUUUGAAACCAGAAAACAUUCUUAUAGCUGAAGAUUGGUCCAUUAAACUUUGUGAUUGGGGGUUAGCAACAACAAGUAGAAUUGUUACUGAUAAAAGCGAAUUUGAAAUUGGUUCUGAACGGUAUAUGGCUCCAGAAUUAUUUGAUCAUAAUAUUGAAAGUUAUGAUGCUUGCAAAGUUGAUAUCUGGUCUGUUGGGAUUAUUCUUUUGACAGUUGUCUUCCAUAAAAAUCCUUUCCAAGUUGCAAACACUACAGAUAAGCGGUUCCUUCAAUUCGUUAGCAAUAGAGAGGCACUCUUUGAUUUCUUCUCAAGUAUGUCUUACGAUAUGUUUCUGAUUCUUAGGUAUUCUCUUAAUAUUGAUCCUAAUAACAGAGAUUUGUCAAAUUUGAAGUAUGAAUUGGACAGAAUCAAAUAUUUCACAAUUGAUGAAGAAAAUUGGGGUUCUGAAUACGAUGAAGAAGACAAGGAAGAUUAUGAAUUCGAAUUUGAAGAUGAUGACGAUAUGAACACUGAUGGUGAAGCUUUUUUCAAGCCUCUGUGCGGUUUAAAUCUUUCUCCUAUUCGUGUAAGUAUCAUGGAAAGAAUUGAAGGGGCAAAUCUCAAAUCUUUAGAACCAGUUAAGACACCUAUCAAUGCAACAGCUAUGAUGACUGGAUCAAAUAGUCCAACGUCUUCAAGUUUUAAUGCAAGUGAGGAAAUGAAGCAAAAUCCUGAACCCGAGACCGAGUUGGCUACUAUUCCUCCAAUCUCUGUGCAGUCACCAAGUUUGCAAAAGAUUCCUCAGUCUUCAGAAUCAGUUCCUCAGAAGAAACCAGUUGACAUUAGUAGUACUAAGGAAAUUAUUAAUGCUCCAGGAACUACCAGUUCUAUCAAAACAUCAUCAACCGCCUCAACUGCGGAUCAUGUUGCUUUCGCUGAUAUUUCAGUGGAGGCACCUUCAGAAGAGCCUUCAGCUAAAUUCUUCAAGGUUGUUCUUGAUAAGGAAUUAAUCAAUUCAACUCCUACGACAUCUGAGGGUGAAGGCCAGGCAUCGGUAUCAAAGUCGUCUGCUAACAAUCUGGAUGGUGUUUCCGUACCACCCCACAACAGAAGAGCAGAUGCAUUGCUUUCAGAUACCACUAGGUUAAGACCAAUUCCUAUUGGUGGUGUUCAUGCAAAAUUCAGAAAUACAAGAAAACCAUUUGGUGUUGCUUCCUACAAUGCUCAAGCCAAUGCUGGUAGUCGUAUAGUAGGUGCUACCGUUCCCCCAAGCAGUGCUGGAUCUUACUCCCGUUUCAAUAGAGAAGACUUUUUCACUCCUAAAUCUGUUGCAAGCUUGUACAUUGAUAAAUACCAUGGAUUUAAACAAAAUGGUCAAUCAGAGUGGAAGCCAGCUCCUCGGGUUGGUAAUGGAAAUGGAAAUGGCUAUCAAUCACGGAAUAGACAUAAUUGGAAGAAGAACAAGUCUUACAAUAAUAAUCAUAGUCACCAUUCCAAUGGUCAUAGCCACAAUCAUAAUCAUUCGCAUAAUCAUCAUUAUGGUUCUGGACGUCAAGGUAAUUCUAACAACGUCAAUGGGGGUGGUAACAGCUAUGGCUACAAUAGUGGUAAAAAUAAAAACAGGCAAUACUCCAAACAGAAUGGUACUCUCGGAACAGCAACUGGAACAGCUUCUUCGAGCCAAUUUAAGCGGAAGUCCAUUACUUCCGUAAAUGGAGGGAACUCUCUUCCCACCAUUGGCUUUGCUGGUCACCACGGUCAAAGUCCAAGCGUUGCUGCUGUUGGCACCCAUGCCAAUAAUAAGGCUCGUAAAAACAGUUUACCUAUUGUCCAGUCACCAGCGAAUGCAAUCGCAAGCAAUACUUCAUCAUUGGCUACAAGUACAGGAAGAUAUAUACCACCAUUCUUGAGAUCACCUAAUUAUGCCAAGUCUCCUAAUAUUGGACCUUUGACCGAAACCAUAGAUGAUUUGUCUCUUGAUGAUGAGGUCUUCCACCUUGAAGAAGAUUUUGAAGAUUCUACUACGCAUGGUAUGAAUACCAACGUUCAUCCAGGUUCUGGAAUGGGUCCUCAUGGCUCAGCAACACUAACAGGAAACGAGCCACACUAUCCCAUGUCAUUCAACUCCAAUCAAAAGCGCAUGGCUUAUAAGUCGCCAUUAUACUCUGCCAUGACUAUUGAUUAUACCAGCAGUGCAAAUAGUAGUCAGAGAAGUGGUACCUCCAUAGGAAAAACUUUACACCCCCCCCUGAGUGCUAAUGGAACUACUAAUGAAAUAAAUCGGAGAUAUUCAAGUGGUUUGGCCCAAUUAAAUGGUAGUGGAACCUCACAACAACAACAACAGCAUCUACAAGAUCAGCACGAGCUGCACACCAGCCGCCCAGUUGAGGUGGGACCAGGUAGUAUUCACACAAUUGAUGGUACAGCUUGUGGUUCUGCCGCCAACAGUACAGGUAAAUAUGUUCCUCCUUUUAGAAGGGGAUCUCAUUCAGGAGCGGUUGCUGCUUCUAUUACUUCAGCUAUAAAUGGUGAACUGAAUAAUGGGUAUUCCAGUCUUAACUCAAGCAUCUCCAGCUUACCACUGUAUCCAUUCGAGGUAGGGGGAAAUUCUAGAUCAAAGGUACCUAUGAGAAAUUCUGAAACCACGCCUUUAAGUUCUUCUUUGAUGGGAGGCAGAUCUGGUCCAUCUUCCCAACCACAUGGGAAUAUCCAUUUACACCAAUCUCAACAUCUUUCUUAUUCCCCAUCUCCACAACAUGGACAUACACGAAGUCAAGGUCAGACCCAAAGUCAAUCCCAUUCGCAGCCACCCCCAGUUUCUCCUUUACAGCCAAGUCGUAGACAUAAUGGGAUGGAAGUUGUUGAUUCUCAAGGUAUUUUCGGCAAGGAGUUUGAAUGGGGGGCGCGUGAGAAGCGUGAUUGGAGUGAUUAUAAUGAUUAA